AGUCCUUAUCGGACGAUGUUUGCCUUCGACAAGAAACGUGACUUGAAGACCUUUUCAAGUGGAUGUCAAUCAACUGUUGGUGCUGAUGACGUGUGUAAAAGAAAAUGCUCAUGGUUGCAAACCUAGAAGGCGCAACUAGUCUCGGAAUAUUUGGGUAGCGACCAAGAGGGAAUUUGCAGAUGGAAUCUCGGACGGUGGCCGCCGCCGUGAUGAUCUUGUGUUCUGAAAUGGGAGAUAAAACGUUCUUCAUUCAUGCCGUGAUGGCCAUGAAACACUCGCGGGCUGCAGUCAUGUGCGGUGCCUUGUCCGCAAACACACUCAUGUGUGUCCUUUCAGUCUUCCUGGGAUCGGCUGUGUCCUUAUUACAGAAGGUGUACACGCACUAUCUCUCUGUAUUCCUUCUUGUCACCUUUGGCCUGCUCAUGAUUGGGGAAGGAUUCAGCAUGGAGAAAGAAGGCUGCAAAGGGCGAACUCAAGUCGCCGAAACGCAGCGGAAGAAACCAUUGAUGGCAAAGAGUGCGUCGUCCGUGUUGAAGGAAACAUUCAUGCUCACCUUCCUGGGUGAAUGGGGGGACAGAUCCCAAGUGACCACAAUUGCAAUGGCCGCCAACGAGGGCGCUGUGGCUGUUGUCCUAGGCGCUGUGAUAGGACACGCUGUCUGCAUUUGUAUCGCAGUGUUUGGAGGCAGCAUGGUAGCCGACAAAGUAUCUGUGCGUUCAGUUACCCUUUUUGGCGGAGUCAUAUUCCUGAUGUUCGCAGCGGCUGGAGUCAUCAUGGGACCAGAUUCCUACGCUCCCUGAACGCUCCUGACUGGAACAUAUUUAUUCGUGUCCUAUUCAUAAAUCGUGCAAUACCUA